AAUCCCCCGGGAAAAUGUUCCAUCUCAGCUUCUCUUGAAACCAUAAAAAGAAGAAGAAGAAAUGGUAAUGGCUUAAAUCGUGGUUAUGAAUAUUAUAAAUCACCUAAAUAACACGAGGUGGCUGGUGGGUGUAGUACUUUUCAUUUCUUUAUUGGCCUUUCCUAUCACGUAAACCAAGAAUCUUUAACGCCAACAAUAAGAAUUUCGUGCAAAAAUUUCCCUUUUUUUCCUACACUUUCUUGGAGGAUUGGAAGGAGAGAAGAGGAAAAAUCAGAAUCAAAAUGUGGGUUUUUUAUUUGAUAUCGCUGCCACUAACUAUGGGGAUGGUGGGUAUAACGCUAUGGUACUUCGCUGGACCCGACGUAGCUCGCUAUGUCCGCUUUACUGUCGGUUACACCUGGUUUUGCUCCGUUUCUAUAAUCAUCCUCGUACCCGCCGACAUAUGGACCACAAUUGUUAAUCAUGACAAGGGAGGAAUCUCUUUCUUCUGGAGCUGGUCAUAUUGGAGUACAUUUUUACUUACUUGGGGUGUGGUGCCUAUACUUCAGGGUUAUGAAGAUGCUGGGGACUUCACUGUUACUGAAAGAUUGAAGACUAGCGCUCAUGUAAACCUAAUCUACUACUUUUGUGUUGGUUCUAUUGCACUCUGUGGACUUGUUCUACUCAUCUUUCUGCGCAAGAACUGGAGUGGUAGUAUUCUCGGUUUUGCUAUGGCAUGCUCAAAUACGUUUGGUCUUGUAACUGGUGCUAUUCUUCUGGGUUUCGGUUUGAGUGAAAUUCCAAAAGGUAUCUGGAGAAAUGCAGAUUGGAUAACCUGCCAGAAAGUCCUUUCUCAUAAAGUGGCUAAAAUGGCUGUAAAACUUGAUGAUGCUCAUCAAGAAUUCUCAAAUGCUAUAGUUGUUGCUCAAGCUACAUCAAAGCAAAUGUCGAAGCGUGAUCCUCUGAGGCCCUUCAUGAAUAUAGUUGAUAAAAUGUUGGUUCGGAUGCUGAGUGAAGAUCCCUCUUUUAAACCACAAGGUGGUAAAUUAGGGGAAAGUGAUAUGGAUUAUGACACUGAUGAAAAAUCAAUGGCUACUCUUAGACGUCAACUUAAGAGAGCUCGAGAAGGGUACUACCGCUAUAAAAGCGAGUAUAUGAAUUUUGUCACAGAAGCCCUAGAACUAGAAGACACUAUGAAGAAUUAUGAGCACUGCAGUGCGACUGGAUGGAAAUACAGUUCAAGCUUCAGACCUGAACGUAAAGGCAAAGUAGGGACUUCUCUUGAUGUCCUUGAAUUGGUAUGGCGAUGUAUACUGAGAAAACAACUUGAGAAGCUCUUGGCUAUUGUAUUGGGCUGCAUGUCAGCUGCUAUUCUCCUAGCAGAAGCAACAAUUCUUCCUAGUGGAGUUGAUUUGUCUCUCGUCUCAAUUCUUAUAAACGCCGUAAAAAAGAAUGAGAUGCUUGUGCAGGUCGCUGCUUUUAUUCCUCUUGUGUAUAUGUGUGUCUGUACAUACUAUUCCUUGUUCAAGAUUGGAAUGCUGACAUUUUACUAUUUUACUCCAAGACAAACAAGUUCAGUCAGUUUGCUUAUGAUUUGCUCAAUGGUUGCACGUUAUGCUCCUCCCAUCUCAUACAAUUUUCUCAACCUCAUUCAUCUUGACAAGGAUGCGAAAACUAUUUUUGAAAAGAGAAUGGGGAAUAUUGAUGACGCUGUGCCUUUCUUUGGAAAAGGAUUCAAUAAAAUCUAUCCACUUAUUAUGGUCAUAUAUACCAUACUGAUAGCAAGCAAUUUCUUUGACCACGUCCUUGAUUACUUUGGAAACUGGAAAAUAUUCAGAUUUCACAGUGAAGAAGCAGAUGAUUUAGAUGGUUUUGAUGCAUCAGGAUUGAUUAUCUUGCAGAAAGAGCGGUCUUGGCUUGAGCAAGGAUAUAAAGUUGGUGAACUCGUUGUUCCAUUAGCAAGAAAUUUUAACAAUGCAAGCAUAAAUCUUGAAUCUGGAAGCAGUACCAGGAAAGCAAAAGCACCUACAUUUACAAGGGAGGAUGAUUUGAAUACUCACUCGAAGCCUCUGAAAUCCGAGGUGCAGAAUGACACGAGUCAAGUGGGCAUCAGCAAGAAGUAUGCCGCCACAAGAUCACAAUCAGAUGGACAAGAAAUGAAAUUGAAUACAAAAGAGAGGAAUAUGCUUGCGAAAUCAUCUUCUGGAAUGGACUCCACUUGGGAAUCGAUGAAGAUGGAGUUACGUAAUUUCAAGUCUAAUAUUGACGCGAAGAGAUUCAUUCCUUUACAUCAGGUUCAAGAUGAAUACUCGCGUCUUUCUUCUGAAUCCCUUGAUGAUAUUUUCUCAAGGAUUAAACGGCCAAUUGCAGACCAUAUGAUUCAUGACAACCAUGAUGAUCUCGAUGAUUAUGAAAUGGACAGGAAGCGGCCGGGGUGAAGCAGAUGAUAUGUGCACUAGAAAUAGGCCUUCUGUAGAGACAUGGAUCUUAAUUUUUGCUGCUGGAUCAUAGUGAUACAUAGAAGAAUACACCACAAAUACAUAGUACAAAGUUUAUAAUUUUGGUUCAAUUGAAGUCACAAUGUAGUUACUGUAAUGAUUGUACAAUACAAAAUCUAUCUUUUAAGGUU